AAUUUAUGUCGUGAAAUUGUAUCAAAUUUAUUAGGUAAACCAUCUGAAAUUCGUAAACCAGAUUUUCUAAAAACAAAUAAAUAUCCUAAGAGAUUAGAACUUGAUAUAUAUUAUCCACAAUAUAGAUUUGCAAUAGAAGUACAAGGAAUUCAACAUAAAUAUCAAACUGAUUUCUUUUAUAAAA